GCCAUCCUGUGUCGGAGCAGGAGCUUCAGUGUGGACCACGUCAUGGAGCGAAACUACGACUUUGACCUGACGUACAUCACGGAGCGGAUUAUUUCAGUCUUCUUCCCACCGGUGCUUGAGGAGCAACGAUACCGCAGCAAUCUGAAGGAGGUGGCCCAAAUGCUGAAAUCCAAACACGGAGACAGUUACUUGCUUUUUAAUCUCUCCGAAAAGAGACAAGACAUUAGCAGACUCAACCCCAAGGUUCAUGACUUUGGCUGGCCUGAUUUUCAUGCCCCUCCCUUGGACAAGAUCUGUGCCAUCUGCAAAGCCAUGGAGAUGUGGCUGAACUCGGACUCCCAUCAUGUAGUGGUUCUUCACUGCAAGGGCAACAAAGGUCGAACAGGAGUGAUCAUUGCAGCAUACAUGCAUUACAGCAAGAUCUCUGCAGGGGCUGACCAGGCUCUCAGCACACUUGCUAUGAGGAAAUUCUGUGAGGACAAAGUGGCUCCUGCAAUACAGCCUUCGCAGACCAGGUACAUUUAUUACUUCAGCGGCCUGUUGUCUGGAGCAAUCAAAAUGAACAGCAUGCCCCUGUUCCUCCAUCAUGUCGUUAUCCCUGCUAUUCCGAGCUUCGAGCCUCACGGAGGAUACCACCCAUUUCUGAAGAUUUAUCAGUCAAUGCAACUUGUCUACACAUCAGGAAUCUACAGUGUCCAAGGCCCUGGGUGUAAGAAGCUGUGCAUCUCCAUCGAGCCAGCCUUACUGCUGAAGGGAGACAUCAUGGUGAAAUGUUACCAUAAGCAAUACAAAAACCCGGAGCGUGACGUUGUUUUCCGAGUACAGUUCCAUACUUGUGCUAUCCAUGGCACCCAGCUCUGGUUUGGAAAGGAUGAACUGGAUGAUGCUUACGGAGACGACAGAUUUCCACGAGACGCUGCAGUGGAGUUCGUUUUCUCUUCAGGUCCAGAAAAAACAAAAGAUGGAGACCAUUUGAAGAAUGACUCUACCGUGACUGUAGAUUACAACACAUCUGAUCCCACUGUCAGAUGGGAUUCUUAUGAGAACUUCAACCUUCACCAUGAGGAUGGCUUGGAAGAAGUACUACAUACACGAGGUCCACUAGAUGGAAGUCUCUAUGCCAAAGUGAAGAAGAGAAGUCCCAGCACUGGCACUACCAAUGGCAGCCCAUUAAGUGUGGUGUCAGUCCAUUGCGGGCACACCUUGUCUGUCAGCACGGACUCGGGUCACUCCACUGCUUCGAUAAAGACGGAAGAGCAGAGUAUCAGUACGAGGUCCGCACCAUCGCAAGUAGAAAAGGAGCAGUUGGAUCAGCUUCUCAGCGGGUUUGGCAUGGCCGCAGUGAAGAACACGCACAAUGUGACCGCACAGCCUGGGUCAUCUUUGCAGAGCCGUGCCAACGGGCGACCUGUCACCAAUGACAGGGAGACGGACAUCCUGGAUGAUGAUGACGCCUGUGAGAUGAAUCGGUUUGCCACUUUACCGAGGAACAUUCAUCACGCUAAUCAUCCUUAUCCUUUCAAAGCCAACCACCACUCGCCAGAGCGCAGAAUACCUGGGUAUAGUCACAGUCCCGAUGGGAUUCGAAAUGAUGUCUAUUAUAGGCCUGAUCUAACACUGGACCAACGACGGCCCAUGUAUGAAAGGAGUGUGCCACAAUUGAAUGACAUGGGGCUGGAGGGCAGGUCGCAUGAUUCUUAUGACCAUGUGAAAAACAUAGAUAGUAUUCACCACCAGGCUGCAAUGUUGGAAAGAAUGAACUACCAAAGGCCAUGCAAUGAAAUACUUCAAGUUUACCCAUCUGUGUUCCAUCAGUAUCCUUGCUCAGAGAGAUUGCAUCAAGGUCCUAUCCACCGAGUAAGGCAUCGAGAUGAUGCCCAGAGAGAUCAUGACCUGAAAACAAACAGGAACCGCCUGCUGGACUACCGUCAGGUGGAAGAUCUCCUUGAUGGUCAGCACAUCCAGUUUCUUGAGCAAGACGCUUCUGAGAUUAUAUCUCAUGGAUGUGCUUGUCGGAACUGUUCCUUAAAGAUGUCAGAGGAAGAGAUCGAGAGAUCAGCAGCAUCAUUUAGUACACUCAAGCUGGAUCAUGAUUCCUUGUACCAGCACCCUCGACCUCCGGACCCAGACAUGUGGCAGCAUGAGCAUUUGAAGCCGCAUUUGGUAAACCACCCGAUAAGAAAUGGUCAGGCACGCCCACCAGUUCCCGUGCUGAUGUCUGAGCAUUCAUAUAGCCAGUACCCAAGAGGACACGGAUACAGCCCAUUCAGUUAUAACCACAUACAUACCAACAUGCCAAUUCCAGCACCAAUAGCACACACUUAUCCCUCACAGAUUCCAGCCUCCUCUUGUGGACAGCUUCAGAGAGGUAUGGAAGGAUCUCCUGAAUCGCUUGCACAUUACCUAAGGUAUCCGGAAUUGAAGUACAGCCCAGAUUAUCAACAACACUCACACUGUGGGUGUCCAUACGACCAUUAUCAAGAGCAACACUGUGCCAACAGGAACUAUGAAGGCCUCCCAGGUAGUCCACUCAUGUCGUCUUCAGUGCUGGGGCCUCCUGCUCAAAGCCCACAGGGUUCUGGUUCAACAUUGCCAGGUGCUCUUAGUUUAUCUCCCCUUUCAUCAGGAAAGCCAAGUAUCUGUGACCAAACAGCAAGAACAGCAAACGAAAAUCACCAAAGCAGAGAAGCCAUUGUUCCACACCACUCUUCUGAAGUACAACUCGGUCCUGAUCCAGGAUCACGUGGGAAAGAAACUUCUGUGUCCCAGAGUUCUGGGGAAAUUGAGAUUGCUGAGAUUCAGCGACAACACCAUCGAGAAGGCACGGUAAUCUGUACAUCUGUAUUGAAUGUAACUGAACCUUCGCCCCCUGAAUGCACAAGCAGCCCUGCAUCUAAUACUGAAAGCAUAGGGAUACUGGAGGGCGGACGUGCAACACCAGUCCAACCAUCGAUGGUUCCCGACCCACAAGGUACAACUCCACCUGGAACAGAAGCACACCUACAACCCCCUGUCUCUCCUGUGUCAGGGAGAAGUGGCUCGUCUGUCAGUUGUCAAAGAAAUGAGAGCCCUGGAAGUCCAGGAGACCAACCACCAAGCAGCCAGCAGGUGACUGACAUGGAGACCAGUGCAGUGCCAGUUACCCCUGGGAGCUUGCACCAGGCACUCACCGUCGAUACUCAGUUAAACGUAAACCAAAGUAAAAGGCUAGACAGCUCCAAUGGACCUUCCUCAACCUGCAGCCCAGUGUUCAAGGGUCAUCCCGUUGAGAGCUUCUCCGACCACUAUGUCGCCAACACGCCUGGGAGUUCACCCUUCAUCAGAUGUCCAGUGAACAGUGCCUUAAGUGUCCCGUGUAUUAUGAACACCUCAGUGCAACAUCCGUUGAUACUGCCAGAUAUGGUUGCUCCUCAGUCCUGCCAAGGGAGCCCGGAUUCACAAGCCCCUCCAACUCCCGCCUUCCCAGUUUCCAUGCCCUACUAUACUCCCUUCUCGCCUGCUGAAGUGUUCACCUACCAAUCGGGCAGUCCAGGGGGCCUCCAGCAGCCACCAUUGCCAGAGAAACGACGCCUGUCUGCCAGCCAAGGAAUGAGCAAUGGAAGAUCGUUCUCUCCGACGUUAAGAGGUCUUCAUCAGGCUCCCAGUGAAAACGCUACACACCACGUGACCUUCUCACCCACUACUUUGGACUUCUCAAUGUCAUCGUUGACAGAUGGACAUCAGGAAAACCAAAUCAGUGCCAAGUUUGUCCAGGACACCUCAAAGUUUUGGUAUAAACCGAACAUCUCCAGAGACCAAGCAAUCGCCCUCCUGAAAGAUCGUGAGCCAGGCUCCUUUCUCAUUCGAGACAGCAAUUCUUUCCAGGGAGCUUAUGGCCUUGCCCUCAAAGUAGUGACACCUCCAGCUAACCUCAGCUCACACAGCACUAAAGGUGAUCCCAAUGAGCUGCUGGUCAGGCAUUUCCUCAUCGAGACAGGCCCGAAAGGAGUGAAGAUCAAGGGUUGCCAGAAUGAGCCUCACUUUGGUAGCCUAUCGGCCCUGGUUUAUCAGCACUCCAUCACACCUAUCUCCCUGCCCUACAAGCUGAAGAUUCCAAACAAAGAUCCCAUGGAUGAAACCCAGGAUAAUAUUGUCCCUGGCAACACCAGUACUGCUGCAGAGUUGCUUAAACAGGGAGCAGCUUGCAAUGUGCUGUAUAUCAAUUCGGUGGAGACAGAAUCCUUGACGGGGCCACAAGCAGUCGCCAAAGCAACCAUGCAGACUUUUGCCAUGAAGCCUCGGCCUACUGCUACCGUGGUACACUUCAAAGUUUCAGUCCAGGGCAUCACCUUAACAGACAGCCAACGAAAGAUUUUUUUCAGACGCCACUAUCCAGUCAACACAGUUACGUUCUGUAAUCUAGAUCCACGCGAUCGAAGGUGGACCAACGCAGAUGGUACAACAUCAAAAAUGUUUGGUUUUGUGGCAAAGAAGCAGGGCAGCACAUCAGAUAAUGUCUGCCAUCUUUUUGCUGAACUCGACCCAGAACAGCCUGCAUCAGCCAUUGUGAAUUUCAUCACCAAAGUCAUGCUGGGGCCCCAGAAGAGAUGAAGCCUCGAUUCAAAGAGGAGUCAAGAGAACGAACUGGUAAAGGAAGAUGGAUGGCUACUUCUGUCUCACCACUGUGAUCAGAAAUAAAAGAAAUGAACUUCCUUCAAAUCAAAACAUUUUUAAAAGCACAAAAGAAAAUAUCUUUCUCUGUUUCAGUUCAGCCAGACCUUGCAAUAGCAUCUAUCUAAAUAUUCCAAUGACAGGAGAUUCCAUUAAUAUCAGUUGAGAGUUGAUUGCUCUCGGGUCAGGAAGGGACAGCUGUAAGAAGGGCUUGACUUCAUUGCAAUCUUGUUUUCCCUCAGAAACCAUCAAGCCUUUGGGAAUAAUGACAAGUCACCACAAGGUAUGUUGCCUGCUUUGAAUGGCAGUAAUGCUAUGGUUUGAUGGGGAUUUUUUUAAGUCCUUGUUAUAGUGCAGAAGCUUGGUCACUGACUGAUGCAGCCUCUGAACAUUAUAAAGUGUGGGAAAUGGAGAUAGGAGCUGACAGUGAGAAAGGGUAUUCUCAGGCGAUUAAAGGAUAGUGGGCGACUCUCAUUUGGCAUCAAUAGAUUCAGGUUUGUGAAAUCAAGAAUACAAUAUUAUAGAUACAGCAGACCCAAAAAGAUACUAAAUCCUGUCCUGGCAGAUCAUUGGUAUUGUUUUCCAAGUGUACAUUAACAGGCCCCCAGUUUACAGCAUAAAGAGUCCUCUCAGUGAGAUAUCAUUAUCAGCCCCACACUGGUCUAACAGUGAGAUCACUCAAGGAAAGAUGCCAGGAAGAGAGAGUGAAACUGAUGAUAAUUCAGUGCAACAUACCUGAUGCAACAGUCAAAGGUAACAGACAUGGCAUUCCUUAGUGAGAACCAUUGGACAGGCCAACUCCUGAAAUUCAUUUAAUUGAAUUAGUCCAACACUGUAACACUUCAGUCGGAUCAAAGCCAAUUCCUGGAUGUUUUUCUUAACAAACGCAUUGAUACAGAUUUCUACAAACUAAAGGGUGCACUUAACCAGCAGGGCUCAAUGAGUUUGUGGGAUACUAAACUCAGACGGACCCAGGAUGAGGCCUGUGUGCUGAGUUCACCUCAGGGGUUAGGUGAGGAGGGCAGCAGAUAGAGCUGAAUGGUGUGUGAACAUUUGCUGCCUGGAAUACACCCAUGACAAAUGGACACUAGACAGGUAAGGUGUAGCACCUCCCCAGUGUGGAACAUUAUUCCAGUGUAAAGUCACUACCAUCCAGACUGCAGGCAAGAUAGCAAAUCAGAACGGGAAAUAGCAGCAUAGGAAACAAUCAAAUAUUUCUCCUCCAUAUAUCUUUGCACCAUAAUGCAACAUGUAAUGGCAGAAAACAGAAAGCAAAUGACAUUUUUACACAGAAGUUAAUUAGACCUAUCUCUGAAUUGACUGUAUUUUGCCAACACUGAUUACAAUGGACUGAAUUGUCUCCUUUGGUGCUGUAUCAUAUGGGAUUUACUGUCCCGAGAAUUGAAAGUAAGAAAAUUGUCCAACAUCUUGACUUGGUUUGUGAGAAUAGCAGGUGUUCUGGGCCAUUGGAAGUCUAUAACUGGAUCUGAUAUUGUUUGUGUCCAGUUGCCUUCAAUAGAACAGUAGUCUUGGCAAGCAUAAUGGAGUAGCCAGAGAUAGCAAGAACUACAGAUGCUGGAGUCUGAGAUAACACAGUGUGGAGCUGGAGGAGCACAGCAGGCCAGGCAGCAUCAGAGGAGCAGGAAAGUUGACGUUUCGGGUCGGGACCCUUCUUCAGGAGUAGCCAGCACCUUAUCUAUAGGAAUUAAUGUUUUCAAAUUGGUUUUCAGGGUCCUUCUUGAAAUCUAGAUACUUAAACUCAGUUCACCAAAGCAAAAAUCCAUGUAAUCGAGGCUUGUAACUGGACAUGUUAUCAUGCCUUCCAACUUAACCUUAGAGCAAGGGUGACAUUCUCAUUUCUGAAUGCACCCUCUUUUGCAACUGUAGAUGCACUUAUCUCUUAUACUUAUUCACUGGCUUGUUCUAGACUAACCAGAUUCACUGAUGUUCUGAUGCCAACCCAAACCUUUAAGAGUCUGAAGAAGCGAAGUUGCCUGUCCCCCCCACACCUGUAGCAUGUCUUCAUUUUCAGAAGAUUUGCCACAUGUAAGACAGUUGGUUAUUCAGGGGUUUCAAUUAGUUCCCCAUAGCAAAACAUUACGAUCCAACUCCUUGCUCCUGUUCUGCUCCCUCGUCCAGUUCCCCACUAAAGAAGAGAUGCUAGUUUGGCUCCUUGACAUGCCCAGCAGCUGAGCAAUCUUCUGCAUGUUUUUCAAAAGCAUAAUUAUUACUGGCAAGUUUUUUUUUAUUUUCAUAACAACAAGUUAAAGACUUUUGGACAAUAAGCAAAGUUCUUUCUUUGCUAUACAUGUCCCAAUUCAGAUAAAGUAUUAUUGACUGGAACUGUAGCUGUUUCUAUCUCCACAGAUGUUUCCUGAUCACUGAGGAUUUCCUGUAUUUUCUGUAUUUAUAUAGUCAAAAUUAUUCCCUUUAUCAGGUUACGCUAGUCACAUUCUGAAUUCUUGAGCACAGUACAAAUUAAUCACACUCAGAACCUUAAAUAUGCAAAGAUUGAAACAAAAUAUUUGAAUGAUCCAUUCACUGAAUGUAUUUUAGGGCCCUGCCCAUCCUGUGUUGAUCUAAAUGAUGCCUAAAAAUUCUGUCUCAAGUAUUUUUGCACUGAAGUUCCGUGACAGCAUUCCCAAGUCUGGGGUCUAUAAUAUCCUAUAUUCCUUGAGAAGUAUAUCCCUGUGCACUGUGGCUUCACUGGAUGGUGUUUUGUUGGAAUCAUGUAUUUCACUUUUUUUUUGGUUGUUUCAUCUGCCAUCUGGUUGGUUAGCUUAUUUUGAUGUCCCACGGUGAAUCAGUGUGACACAUCAGCAGACUGACAGUCAAUGGAAUAUUGGCAUGUGUUGCAUGCUUACAACUAUGACCAUUGCUGCAAGUUGUCUACCAACUUCCCAUAUCCCAUAUCAGAUACUUAACCUAGAUUCUCCAGGUAGUGGCUAGUUUUAUGCUAUGGGGCUGUACCCCACUAAGUGUUGCAUUCAAGGGGCUGGUAGCGUAGUAGUAAUGCCAUUGGACCAGUAAUCCACAGGUCUGACCUAAUGCUUUGCAAACAAAAGUUCUAUUUCCUGCCAGAGCAGCUAGGGAGCAUUUAAUUUCAAUACAUUAGUAAAAAUGAAAUCUGUAAUAAAAUGCUAGUCAUUCAUAAUAAUCACAAAACUAGCAGAUUGAUGUGAACAUCUAAUUGACUCACUAAUGUCAUUCAGGAAAGGAAAUCUGCCAUCCUUACCCAGUCUGGCCAUUGUAUGAGUCCAGACCCACAGUGAUGAGGUGACUGGAGUCAAGCAAACCAUGCAGUUCAAGGGCAGUUGGGGAUGGCCAAUACAGCAGCAUCUAUAUCCCAAGAGGAGAGAUAGAGAGAAAAACAUUGUCUAGCCCUAAGUGAUUUCACAUUGAUUCUAUUUGGCCAGUUCAAUGGGCCUACCACUUACUCCCUUAUCAUUGGAUCUUGGAACUACAAGGAUGUUAGAAAGUGAGGAGAUGGGACCUGAUCUUUUCUCAUGCAGAAGUUCCUAUGUGCCACCCAGUUCCCCUCCUCAGAGCCAAGCAAAUGAAUCUGGAGGGGGUAUGAAUUAGCCUUGGUGAAUAAGAUUGCAGUGAAUCAUUUGGACCAAUUGAGAUAUCCUGCAAAAAUGCUUUGAGUGCUCAGUUGCCUUUACAAUGGUCAUGUGAAGUGUUGUAAGGUUGUAGCAUUGAACAGGACUCAGAAAGCUCUCAGUUAGUGGUCAAUAUAUAAUAUAUUGUAUGAGUAUGUGUGUAAUAUAUGUAUAUGAAUUUGGUGACAAAAUGGAAUAUUAUGAAAUCUCAAAGUGGAGUUAUACUGCCUGACAGAUAGUGAGUUAGUGUGAUAGUUGUUGCUGUGCUUAUUUUAUUAACUAUGUAAAUUUAUUUGGACGUAUAGUCAGAUGCCAUUUGCAAACACGGUAGUUUUGAAGUUUUAUAACUGUGAAUGGCAUUUCUAUUGGGGUUGCUGUGAGGAAUCUGAAUUCAUGUUCUGUUGUGUCGUGAAGCCAUGGGCAAGACACAGGCUUCUCAGCAGCAUUAACCAGACAACCUUUGACAUCGAGUUAUGUCAGAUUAAUCAAAUUAUACUGGUAAAAUAUCUUUUAAGUGUAUUUCACAAGGGGAUGUGGGGAAGGAGGAAGAGCAAGGGACUGACUGGAGGUGUAACUAAGCUGAAGUCAAUGUAGUGAUAUAGAAACUGCAAUGACCCUUCGCCUUUGAGUCAGUCAUCAGUAAAUCACUCUCCCAGCCAUAUUGCCCAAAGUAGCCAUAGUUGUGACUGAGAACAAGAUAUUUAAACUAAUGCGUUUUGGUUCCAUCUCAAGUUAAAAGAGAUCAGGAGCAUUUGGUUCAGUAAAGAAAACUUUAUGUUCUUGGUCAGAUAUAGACAAAAGUAUUAAUCACAGAAAUCUCUAUUGCAAUGAUAAAGUCAGUCCCAAAAUUUCAAUGUGUCUCUGCUAAAUGGGUUGUAAUCUUUAUAUCUAAUGAUAUAUUCAAACUCCCAGAAGAUUCAACAUACAGGUCUCUAUCCAAGAUUAUCAGUAGACAUGGCGCUUUCCAUAGUUUCGCCUGGAGGGAGGAGGAUAGGGUGAAUAGAAACGUUGUUGAUGAAGUAAACACAAAGAAUUGCAGCUGCUGGAAACCUGAAACAAAAACAGAGAAUGCUGCAGAAACUCGGCGGGUCUAGCCGGUGGAGAGAAAAAAGGAGUUAACAUUUCGAGUCCAGUGACCCAGAGGAGUUUCUCCAGCAUUCUGUGUUUUUGUUAUUAAUGAAGGUUGGGUGAAUUAAGGAAUAUGAUUUAUAAUGUACACAAGGUGAAGCAAACAAAACAUCUCGGGAGGUGGGGGGGAAGCAACAGUCUGGUUGAAGUGAGGAAGGGACAGACACUCAGUGGGUGCAAUUGAUUACUGAAAGAGUGGCUCAUUGGAGCCUUCACUGGUUAAGGCUUCACUAUGUCACUGAAGUUGGAAUGUCCUCGUUGUACCUCUCUAACAUAUCGAUUGUAUAUAUCGAGGGAGAGAUGCAAGUUGGUAGGGAUGGAGCUUGUGGUAGAAUGCUUGGCAUGAGAAAGAAAGUACAGCACUCUGAAUUGAUGGUGUGCAGACAAUUUGAUUUCAAAGACAGGCAGAAGAAACUGGUGCAUAGCCACUGGGAUCCUAGAGCUGCUUUGCCAAUCGCUGCCAAGGUUCCUAUCUCUUCUGGACAAUUGUACAGGGCUCAGAGAAAAAAAACAGCAAUUCUCCCAAAGGGUGCGGCCAGUGCUUUCCAAGCUGCAUGACUGCCCCUGCGUUGUGUUAGGGGAGCCGUGCUAAAUCUCAGAGGCUGAUCAACACAUUGGACAAGGUAGCCAAGAAAGUAUAGAUUUAAACAGCUUGAUGUAUAUUACAUAUUUUAAUCAAAGUCUAUAGUUUUAUUUGUAUAGCUCAGACAUUUAUUUUACCUGAUAAUGGAGAAUUUAUGGAAAAAGCUUUAGUCAAGAACGUAUAAUAUAUUAUACUUAUGCUGUUAUUUACUUUUGUAUUUUAGUGUUUUAUCAAUCCAAUGCCAGCUAAACAAAGCUUCGUGUAUUCUUUUGUGUGUUUACCAUGUGUUUGUAUCUUCUCUCCAAGUAUACCAAAUCUCUAAAGAAAUGAAAAAUCACAUCGUGUUUUUGCUCUUUGAAUUGGACUCUGAGGGGGCCUUGUUCACAAGCCCUGAAGCUGGUUGGUGGAAUGGUCAGGUUGGGUCGAGCCACACAUAGCCCAAGAUUUUAAUUUUCCACCCUAUGCUCAGGGAAUUCAGUCUGGGCAGACACCAUAGGCCCCAGCACCCCUCAGUCGAUGAGUUCUCCAACUGAUACCGGGUAACAGGGGUCACAUUCAUUGUUUCACUGUCAGCUAGCCUGUCAAUGUUGCCAUGAGAAAUGGUGGUUGGGUCACGGGAGGCGGGGGGGGGGGUUGUAGUUUGAUACUGAAGUGACCAUUUAUUCCCAAGUUUUUACCUCUCAUUCCUAAAGUGACAGCAUCAUGUUUAAAAGUGCGUGAUUGAAUUCUUAAGAGAAGAUUUCUGCUUCGUAGUAUCAGCAGUGAUAAAACUGUCACAACAGUACAUCCUGCUGGAAGAUGUGUGACACUGUUGGAAUUUGUUCUAAACAUUUCCUGUGCCAAUUCAGAGUUUAUAAUAAUCUUGUGCUGCAAUGUGUAACAGAAUUUAAUUUGUUAAUAAAACAGCAGUUGCUAGAAAUUA